UUUGAGCAGCCGGUUCUUCUGGCUUUUCUCCUCCACUUCCUCACCGGAUUAUUCUCUAGCACCACAAGUCCAUUUUCCAAGAAAAUGCCUGGUCUUUUUGAGCUAUGGAACCGGAAAAAGAGGAGGGAUUCGACAUUGUCGUCCGAGACGAUGCUAGCCUGCAGUCGGAAUGAUCCUUCUCUGACUCGGGCAGCUACUGCGGAAUUCAUUGGGACCUUCGUUCUCGUUGCGAUAGGCAAUGGCAGUGUGGCCCAGUCACUGUUAACUAAUGGCGAAAAGGGCAACUAUUUCACCCUCAACUGGGGAUGGGGUAUAGGAUGUUUCUUAGGCAUUCUGAUAUCCGCUAAAACAUCAGGGGGUCACAUAAAUCCGGCCGUGACGAUGGCUCUGGCGAUGACGAAAGAAUUCCCAUGGAACAGGCUACCGGCAUAUUGGUGUGCACAAUAUCUGGGAGCUCUCGCAGCAUCUUGCACAGUUCUAGCUGCAUAUUACGAGGCCAUCAUGGAUGGUAAAGUGAACGGUGAAUUCAGAAUCCACAAAGAUCCUUCCGAUCCAGGCUCAGCGGCUAUUUUUGCCAAUUAUCCAGCUCCCUAUUCAUCAGCUAGUGCUGGCCUAAUGGAAGAGAUUUUGUCCACUGUGAUCUUCAUGUUGGUUAUCCGUGUGGUAACCGCUAAGCAAUCAAAAGUACCCAGUUUUCUGCAACCGCUUUACAUAGGAUUCACUUUACUUGCAAUCGGCUUGUCUUAUGGAUCAAACGGCGGCUAUGCUCUGAAUCCGGCUAGAGAUUUCGCUCCUCGAGUUGUUACGCUUUUCGCUGGAUGGGGAAUCCAUGUUUUCAGCAUUCGUGGUUACAAUUGGUUCUGGAUUUAUCUGGUGGGACCGCACAUCGGAGCUAUUCUGGGCGUAAUCAUUUUCAAUCUCUUCCUGAAGCAAGAUAGGACAAUAGACGACACAAGAUCAGAAUCUCCUUCAGUCGAUUUAGAAAAUGGAUAUGGCAAAGAGCUUGAUGUGAUAUGGCGGAUGAACGAAAAUCGGGACAUCGAAUCCGAUAUGAACAAGCUGGAUAAAGAAAAUCCUCCGCGUUAUAGCGUAGCCUACGCUAACAGCAGGCCGCAAUUAGGCCGUGGCCUAUCGUGUCCAGUUGCGACAACGAGCAGGUAGACUAUGAUCAACUGCUGCUUCUGAAACCUUAUUUUGUUCAAUGAAGAACAAUUACCAACUAUGAUGAACGAUUUAAGUUUUCAAACAUGAAGUAAGUCUGCCCAAUUUUAACAAAGGACGCUGUCCUAAAUGUU